AUGUCGUCUACUCCACGGCAAAGAAUCCAUUACAAGAAGUUGAGCACAUCACGCGAUGAGGCACGAUUUCUGGAGAUUGAACCGGCGGGAAACAUCGAAGACCCAGUCGUCUGCCGCCUAGUGACCUUGCCGCUACGCGGUGAUGUCGAUUUUCUGGCUGUCUCUUCAUUGCUAGGCGAUCCGACGCAACAAGAGAGGAUUUUCGUGGACCGGUCAUCUAUUCCUGUACCGAAACAUGUCUCUCUGGGCCUGAAACAUGUGCGGGCUGUCUUCUAUCCAGCCAUUCAAAAAGCAAGCCAGGAAAGUCUGGAACGCAGAAGAGAGCACAAGUCGCCGUCGUGGCUCAGGAACUUGCUGAAGCACUUCGAUGGAGGAUCACAGAAUGUCAGGGGCCCCAAGCUUCGGGUAUGGAUUGACUGCAUCUGCAUUAACCCACAAGAUGCGAGCGAGAACGCAAAGCACAGGGUCUUGAUGUAUCACGUCUACCAGAGGGCAAACGCGGUAGUAGGAUGGGUCGGACUCAAGAUACCCCAAACAGACCUCGGUAUCCAGCUCAUCCAAGCAUUCGACCAAGCCAUGCCAGAAAAUUGGCAAGAGCCCGACGACAAACAGGCACACCCUGAAAACUACUCACCGUACCACGAAUGGGCCAUACCAGUCAUUGGCUUAUUCGAUCCUACUUCUGAUGCAGCCAUUGGAACGGCCGAUUUCUUGAAUCGCGACUUCUUCCUGCGACGUUGGAUCUUGGAGGAGAUGGCCAUGUCAAGAGUACCGGUUUUUCUUAUCGGUGACAGUAUCGUUUCUUGGAAGCAGAUACUGCGGCUGAACCUUGCCAUGGAAGAGUUCAAAGACUACGAAUCGAACGUGUGCCCUGCCGCAACGCGGCCGCUCAUACAUGAGUUCCCAUUGGGUACGAUUCACGAGUUGCUGGACGAAUUCGAAAAGCGGAAAAACAUGGGCAAAGUGGAGUUGCUAAAUAGCAGCGAAUCCAUGUCGGUGCGCACUGAGAGUGUACAUUCGAAGGGAUCCUACGGACAACGACAGUGA